AUACAAUACCUAUACAUUAUCCAAUGUUAACUGAUUAUUUAUUCGAUGUAAAUACUUUAAUGUGGAUACCAUGGAGUCAUCUUGUACCAGAAUAUAUACAUGAUGUAGAGGCUCGAUUUACUCAAAUUCUUGUACCAACUGUUGAAACUGUUAAACUUAACUGGAUUUUAAUGGAACAUAUAAAA